AUGUGUACAACUAUCAUCCGAUGUCUCCUAAUGCUCAUCAACAUCGUGUUUAUGAUAAUCGCUGCUGCCCUAAUUGCCGGCGGUGUCAUUUUGGCGUUUGUACCCAGCACGUUCAUAGAGCCGGCAUACCAGGAAAUAAAGAAGUCUGCAGAAAAGGAUAAUUAUAAUGUUCCCGAGAACGCCAAAGAAUUCAAAGACAUCCCACUUGUCUAUCAGAUCGGCAUUGCCUUGCUGGCGUUCGGCAUCUUCCUGUUCGGCCUCAGUCUCCUGGGCUGGUGCGGUUCCUGUUGCACUUCCUGUUGUAAAUGGAUGCUGGUCGUGUUCGCUGCCAUCAUUGUUCUCUUAAUGAUUGCCGAGAUUGUUGUCGGUACGCUUUUCUACGUGACUAACUCCCCACUUCACACCUCGCUGAGAACAGAACUAAAGAACAGGAUCAAGAACGAAUUCAGGAGUGAUGGGAAAGAUUCUUUCAGCAUGACGAUCAACUUGGUCAAUAAAUAUUUCAAAUGCUGUGGAGUAGACAGUAUCCAGGAUUUUACGGUUUUGAAUCCUCCUAGAUCGUGUGAAGCAGCUAAUGUAAACAAGGGUUGCUAUAGGAAACUGACUGACCUCAUCGACCAGAACAUUGUAUGGGCAGGUUUGGCACUAGCUGGUAUUCUACUGCUCCAGCUGAUAGAAGUAAUUUUUGCUAUCAUCGUCUACAAAUAUGACGGUAAAGUAAUGCCCAUCUAG